AGACAAUCUGAAUCUUCCGUACUAGUCAACUGGAGCCGUUGAUGUUGAGCAGCGACCAACGGCAGCUUUGGCCGUGAGGAGGAGAGCGGACUGUUUGUUUUCAUAGUAAACCGGUGAACGGGAGCUUCAACCUGUUCGUCUUUCAACAAAAAAAGGUCGUUUUUUUUUACCCUUCAAGUCCGGUGGAGUAGUAAGUGUUUUCAUGUUGUACAAUUCACAGUGUUUGACUUCCAACUGGCGGAUCGCAUCAGUUCGCCCGGAGGGUCAUCGUCAGCGGCGACACCCUCUGCUCCGCUAGCGUCAACUGUUUAGAAAAUGACCGGAGAGAAGAUCCGCUCCCUGCGCAAGGACCAGAGGCCGAGCAAGGACGAGGAUUUACUGGAACCGGACGAGGAGGCUGCCACCGGGACGUUCACCGCCUCCAAGACGAACAAGAGCAGGACGAGUAAAAUCUUCAGCAAUCACAAGUUAAUCAAGUCUUCAUCCACACAGCAGCAGCAGCAGCAGCAGCAGCAGUCGCAGAUUAAUGCGAACACCAACACACUGUCAACAUCCGAUGUUAUCGAUGACAACAACAAAAACCCCAUUAUCCGAACCGGGCAGGACUUUCCGGUGCAUGAAUGUGUGUUUAAAGGAGAUGUCCGACGGCUGUCCUCCCUCAUACGGACGCAGAAUAUCGCCCAGAAAGACCUCCAUGGAAACACACCGCUGCAUCUCGCUGUCAUGAUGGGGCACAAAGAGUGUGCCCACCUGCUGCUGGCCCACAAUGCACCAGUGAAGGUGAAGAACGCUCAGGGAUGGAGCCCCCUCGCCGAGGCCAUUAGCUACGGAGACCGACAAAUGAUCACGGCUCUGCUGAGGAAACUAAAGCAGCAGUCCAGGGAGAGUGUGGAGGACAAGAGGCCCAAGCUGCUGAAAGCCCUGAAAGAACUCGGAGACUUUUACUUGGAGCUUCACUGGGACUUUCAAAGUUGGGUGCCUUUGCUCUCAAGAAUCCUGCCUUCAGACGCGUGUAAGAUCUACAAACAGGGCCUCAACAUCAGAUUGGACACUACACUGAUAGACUUCACAGACAUGAAGUGUCAGCGCGGCGACCUCAGUUUCAUCUUCAACGGCAACGCCAUCCCCUCAGAGUCUUUUGUCGUGCUGGACAACGAACAGAAAGUCUACCAGCGGAUACACCAUGAGGAGUCAGAGAUGGAGACGGAGGAGGAAGUGGACAUUCUGAUGAGCAGUGACGUGUACUCGGCCACGCUCUCCACCAAGUCCAUCACCUUCUCCAGGGCGCAGACUGGCUGGCUGUUCAGAGAAGACAAGACGGAGCGCGUGGGAAACUUCCUGGCUGAUUUCUACUCUGUGAACGGCCUGGUGCUCGAGUCCAGGAAGAGACGGGAGCAUCUGAGCGAGGAGGACAUCUUAAGGAACAAAGCCAUCAUGGAGAGCCUCAGCAAAGGAGGGACUCUCAUAGAGCAGAACUUGGAGCCGGCGAGAAGGCAAUCUCUAACUCCCCCUUCACCAAACACUAUAUCCUGGGAAGAAUACAUCACUGCUGACAAUGGAAAAGCACCUCAUCUAGGAAGAGAACUGGUCUGCAAAGAGAGCAAGAAAAACUUCAAAGCUACGAUAGCCAUGAGUCAGGACUUCCCUCUGGGCAUUGAAUCGUUAUUGAAUGUCCUGGAGGUGAUUGCACCCUUCAAGCACUUUAAUAAACUCAGGGAGUUUGUUCAGAUGAAGCUCCCCCCUGGUUUUCCUGUCAAACUCGACAUCCCCGUCUUUCCUACGAUCACAGCCACCGUGACCUUUCAGGAGUUUCGCUACGAUGAGUUUGAUCAGUCCAUUUUUACCAUUCCCAACGACUAUAAAGAAGACCCCAGCCGCUUCCCCGACCUUUAACCCUUCAAGCUGGAGCAGGAAACAAACGUGCAACGAGGCAACAUAAAGCUACAAAACGUACUUUUUGAAUUACAAAAGGAAGAUUAAAAAAAAAAAAAAAAACUGGGGUUAUCGUUUCUUGACCCCAACCCUUGACCCCAACCCCCAAUCCCAACCCUGAAUACAGGCGGCAAGAAGACAACCAGAGUUUGACAUGACAAAAAUCGUGUCAGCAGAGAGGAUGGAGUCAACAUCCACUCGUAUUAAGAAAUUGUUGUGCAGGUUCUUACUCUCACUCAAUGAUGUUUAAUCCAGCAGCCGAGGCAGGAGGUGCCUCUGAGCUGUUAGUCUGAACCUCCCAUCAGUGAAAGGGCAUUGAAGUUCAAAUGAGUUACAGCAGAGCAGGUGAGUUUCUGUAUAUGGGGUAUAAGUAGACAACAGUUAACCAGUUCAGUUGAUGCUAAGUAUUUAAGUAUGUAAGUAAUGUUUAUAAAGGGAAUGUUUUUAACUGACUUGUAGUAAAGCACUGAUGUUACUGUAUUGAGGAGGAAUUCUACCAAAAAAUGACUUUUUAGGUUCUUUUCCCUGCUUAAGUCGACUUUUAAAGAUUCAAUUUUGUGACAUUAGAUCUGAGGUCAGUGAGAAUUGUACAUAAUCUAAUGCACACCUGUUAGACAGGUGUGUAAGAGAAUAAGAUCACUGCUUUUUUACACUCAAUUGUGUUCCCGUGUUCCCAAAGAUGUACUAAACACAGAAUUGUCAACCUGAUACAGUCCAUUUACAUCUAGUAACACUGACGCAGAGCCACGUGACCAUACAGGUUUUACUGGAAUUUUAAUAGUGGAGCGAAGCAUGUCUUGAGAAGACAUGUUGUUUAUGAACAGUCUUGAUAGCAGCGUCUGUCUUGUCUAUAGCAGAUGCCAUUGUUCUUACUCCCACUUGGUUCAGGUGCAGAGACGACACUUGACAGCAGCUCGACAAUGGUGUUUCGUCCCCUCUGUUGUGCUCAUUGGAUAAUCGCUUUUUAAACCGAGAAACUGCUGUUUUAUAUCAUGACCCAAACCAGUCAACCUGGUGGUGGGGUGUGUGAGCCAGGCAAACUAAACACUGAUUUAAAAAUUCAACACUCACCUUUUGGCAAAUGUUUAGUGAAGAGAGACUUUUGUAGGUUAAAAACCUAAAAAUCAGUUUUUGCAGAAUUCCACUUUAACUGCAUUAUAAAAGUGUGUGUGAGUGUGUGUGAAUGUAUGUGUGUACCCUUGAUUUUAAUGGGCAUGGAGUAGCAUCACUGAACAUUUGGGCACCACUACAGCCACAUUCAGCUGAGUUUAUACACACUUAUUUUGUGAUACUCCACCCUGUAAUCCUGCGUUUGAAUUAUUAUAGUUUCAUGGAGGCUAAAUGCUAGACAUGCUGCAAUUUUUAUGGUACCACAGUUUUCUCUGUUUGUUUGAGUGGCAGCGAGUAUAAGUUAUGACGUCUAAGCCUUUUGUUUCUUACUACACCUUUGUAAACUGUUGAACAAACUGUACAAUCAUGCUAAAAGAAGUAAACCGGGGGUUGUAUGGUAAAUAGAUAGCAGCGAAUGAAUGAAUGACUACAACAUUCAUGCCAUUUUUACACACAAUAAGAACCAGGCUUUUGCCCCCAUGCACAGUCUGUAAAUACAGGUUUGUCUUUUAUGUUUUCUUUGUGCUGAUGAGUUUAAUGUCCUCUGAUGGAGGAAAAAUUGUGGAUUUUUUUUUUUAUGUAGCGUCAGAUGAGGUAAUUUGAGGGUUUAUUGGUUUAUAUCAUGGUGGCGGUUGCUAUUUUUGUACAUAACUGUAAUGUUUUAAAGAAAAAAAAAUGAAUCUCUUAAAUCUCCUGUCAUUAUUUCCCUUCCUGUUGUAUCUGAUAAACCGUAUGAACCUCCUCCAGAUGUGUGGAACAAUCAAUCACUCCCACAGUGUGAAAAGCACAAAACACCAAGGCUCCUCUGUUUAAGUCCGGGAGGUGUUGACUGGAGGCUGGAAGGAGUGUUUCUAGCUGCUGCUGUGGUUCAUGAGCUUUUAAUCAUGUUGACACGAACAGAUGUUAUGCUCAUGUUUGUUAACUCGCCUGCUCCCUGAGUGUAAAAGAUGAAGGUGUACACAGAUGUGGUGGCUCCAAGUAUUGUUAGAAAAAUGUGCUUAUUCACAUCCAUAUUAAGUAUAACCAAAUGCAGUGCAGUUUCAUUUCUCACCGUACAGGCAAGUGCAGAUUAUGUUAUUGAUACUGUGCCUCCUCACCUACACAGCGCUUUACACCUGUUUGAAUUUUACAUUUAUCUAACGCUACAUGUCCGUUGUACAGCAAAAAAAAAAACUUGUCUGCAACACUAUUUUCAUAUAAAAUGUACUAAAAUAAAAAAUUCCACAUAUCUAACA